CUGGUUUCCUUCUACAAGCAACACGCCCCACUAGUGUAUCCCUUCCAAAGACUUUUAUUCCAGAGCGUACUGUGUGACAGCUCUCUAAUACCAUCACCAAGCUCCACUUGGUGUACUUUCUGUCUUGCUUUAUUCAUUUUGUCAUUGUUGGUAAAGCACGAAGUAAUACAAAUUGGGUGCAGUCACAAAGUCAGCUGUCUGUCACGAAGUCGGUGA